AUGGCGACAGAAUCGUUGCGGCAGGACGAGACGAUCUACGAUGUGCGACCGCACGACACGAACCAGGUGUUCACCGAGGUGGAGAGCCUGCGCCCCACCGAGAAGAAGUUAAAUCUCAGCUACAGCGCCGUGGACGUGCAGUGGCACCCAACGGAGAGCAAUAAGAUCGCAACGGCUGCCACGAACGGUGCUGUCGUCAUCUGGAACGUCCUUCAUAGAGACGGACGGACACAGAAGCGAGAGCGUGUGAUCGUGGAGCACACCCGCACGGUCAAUCGACUAUCUUGGCACCCCGGCAACGCCUACAACCUUCUCUCCGGCUCACAGGACGGAACGAUGAAGCUUUGGGAUAUCCGAGAUCCCAAUGCGAAGGCGAUCACCUUCGAUGCCAAGUCCACCAGCGUCAGAGACGUGCAGUUCAACCCUUUCUACUCAAACUACUUUGGCGCCGCUUUCGAUAACGGCACUGUGCAGGUGUGGGACAUACGCAAGCCCAACGCGUUCGAGCGGCGAUUCACCGCCCACGAGGGUUUGGUGAUGACAAUUUGUUGGCACCCCGAAGAAAAGAGCAUUAUCGCUUCCGGUGGAAGGGACAGGCUCAUCAAGAUAUGGGACCUGAAUCCGCGAGCCUCCAACCCAAAACACACAAUUCAAACGAUCGCCUCGGUCGGGCGGCUGCAGUGGCAGCCCAACUUUCCAACGCGCAUCGCCUCCACCGCGUCCUUAGUCGAUUGCCAGAUCCACGUUUGGGAUAGCAAUAAGCCCUUCAUCCCGCUGAGCUCGGUGGUCGGGCACCGUGACGUGGUAACCGGUUUCAUUUGGCACAAGACGGUUCCCGAUUGCAUCAUUGCCUGUUCCAAGGACGGCACGCUGCGAUGCCACAACCUCAAGGAGGCGUAUCGGCCAUACAAACAUAUUCGCACAGUGGGCCUGUCGUGGAACGUGCGCAACGAGCUGGCCAACCUCCACGACUUCGUGGACAGGGACAACCCCACCGCAGAGCCCGGGGUCAGUGCGCCAGCGAAGCAGGUGUCAUCGAUCUUCUCCCGAUCUUCGGCCGGCGCCGGUGCCAAAACGGCGAAGGAUUCGCCCAACGUGAACAAGGAGAGGAAGUCGCCCGUGAUGCACCCCAAGGUCCCCGGCGUGGUCAAGAUCCAAACGCCCAUGCAGAUGCACAAUGCGGCGCUGUUCGACCACUACUCGUUCCAGCACCUGGCCCACAACUACCGCUACAAGGGCACCUUCACCGAGGUGUGCGAGCACAACGCCAAGGAGGCCAGAAGCGUCAAGCAGUUCCAGAUCGCGCAGUCGUGGAUGGUGCUCAAGACCCUGUACGCGGAUAUCGACAGCGAGUCAUCAACUCCAGCACGAGGUAACAUGAUCGGCGACGUCGAGCGACAGUCCUUCACGCCCAAGGGAUCGUUCAUCGGCAAGCCGCACCUCAACAACAGCAACUCGACCGAGACACUGCCCGUCGUAGAGUCGAUGGACGACUACCUUUUGCCGCAAGAGCUCGCCAAGGACGUUGGCCGACGUGCGGUCAGCCAGGAACCGUCGCUUCCGGUCAAGCGCUCUUUCGGGCUGACCGACAGCGACACCUCGAUCCCUCUUCCAUUGCAUCCUUCGCUCCCCGGCAGUGGAUUGGCCAACGGUGGUACGACGGAGGGUCCGGGCAACAUAGCGCUACGCAAAUCGACGGGCACCGCCACCACGCUGCGACAUUCCAACAUGAUCACGAUGGGCAAGGGCGAGGGCGGCAUUAUGGACAUCCACUCCAUUACGGCUGCGCCUUUCCCUUCGGAUCCGCCACUCCCGCCUGCCUCUCCUGCGCUACGACGUGGCCACGGCGACGAUGACGACGGGUUUGAUGACGAGGCGGAGGGCAGUGACGACGAGAGUGAGGGCUAUGACGGCGAUGUCUUUAGCCGGGUGGAGAGCGCAAGCCAUAUCAACGGAGUCAAAGAGGCCGACUUUGUCGAGGCAAGCAUCCUCUUUCCUCCCCUUCCCCUUGCGGUGGAACGUUUGCUCAUAAUGGCCGCUCAGGUGAUGGGUGCCAACGGAGGCUUUGGCGGUGGCAUCGCUCGCUGGUGCUACGAGUCGGUUGUACGGGAGAUGCUGGAGUUCUACGGCAACCAGGGCGACGUGCAGACCUGCGUGACCAUGGCGCUUGCGCUGCAGGGUCAUCUCCCGCUGGACAAGAAGACCACCACCCAGUGCCAUCAAAUAGUGAAGGGUAUCUACGUGUGGUGUCAGGGCUGUGGCCACGGCGGACACAUCCAGCACAUGUACGAGUGGUUCGAGAAGAAGAAGCAGGCCGUGUGUCCUGCCGCCUGCGCUCACCUCUGCACGGCACGCGAUUUUGUGACAAUGCCCCUCAUGGGCUGA